CCUCAUUUUUUUGCAAGUGAACAUAACAAUCCAAUAGACUAAAUUUUAACGAGUGGUCUAGAGAGAGAGAGAGGGAGGAAAUAAUGUUAUCACAGCACUCACGUUACGUUCCUUUUUGUCAUGAUAAACAAAUAAAUUUUCCGGCCGCCGUGUCUCCGCCGUCCACCGCCGUUGUCUACGACCAACAAGGCCCACCCGACACCGUCACCAGACUUACAGAGAUUCCACCGGUGGAAAUCAAAGAGAAUGACGUGUGUGUUAGAAUGCUUGCAGCUCCUAUCAAUCCCGCCGAUAUCAACAGAAUAGAGGGAGUUUAUCCUAUUCGACCACCAGUACCAGCAAUUGGGGGAUGGGAAGGGGUUGGAGAAGUACAUUCUGUUGGCUCUGCAGUUAAAGCACUUUCCCCUGGUGAUAGGGUUAUUCAUGCUGCUUAUCUUCCAGGGACAUGGCAAACCUAUGUUGUAGAAGACCAAAGUAUGUGGUACAAAAUUGAUAAAAGCACUCCAAUUGAAUAUGCUGCCACUGUUUCUGUUAAUCCUUUGAGUGCCUUGAGAAUGCUUGAGGACUUUGUCGUUUUAAAACCAGGGGACACAAUUGUUCAAAAUGGAGCUACAAGCAUUGUGGGACAAUGUGUAAUUCAGCUAGCUCGAGUUCGUGGAAUUCAUAGUAUUAAUAUUAUAAGAGAUAAACCAGGAUCUGAUGAAGUAAAAGAAAAAUUAAUGAAACUUGGUGCUGAUAAAGUGUUUACUGAGAGUGAACUCGAAGUAAAAUCUAUCAAAAGUCUCCUGGAUGAUAUACCUGAACCUCUUUUGGGUUUGAACUGUAUUGGUGGGAAUGCUGCUACUUUGGUCGUCAAAUUCUUAAAGCAAGGUGGCACAAUGGUUACGUACGGAGGGAUGUCAAAGAAGCCUAUUACCAUAUCUACCACAUAUUUCAUAUUCAAGGAUAUUUCAUUGAAAGGAUACUGGCUACAAGAAAAGACUUUAGACAAUGCAGCAUAUAGGUGUUCGAUUGAUUAUCUCUUGGCUCUUGCUCGUGCUGGGAGAUUGAACUAUGAGAUGGAGAUGGUACCUUUUAAUGAUUUUCAUACAGCUCUUGAAAGGGCUAUGGGGAAACAAGGAAGUCGAAGGAAACAAGUUCUUAAGUUCUAAGUUAAAGAUUAACUUAGAUUAAGUAUUGUAACAAUCUGAAAAUAUACAUAUUUCUCCACUGAGCUCGGGAUAUAUAUUUUCAUGAUGAAUAAGCACAUCUUUUUUUUUUUUUUUUUAAACUUUCUACCAAUAAUCAAAUCCACCUUUUAAUCGAUCUCA